UCCUUGUAGUGUGGAUUUAGAAUUCUUAAGUUGUAAAAGUUCCAGGCACUGCUGGCACUGGCAAAGAAUCGGUACUUUUAAGAUUAGGCUGGUGGAAACUGGAAGGAAUCGUGGAUCUAAGGAUUACUUGAUGUUAAUUUUGGUGUGGGCAGUUUAAUGAGUUACAUCAGUGCUUUCCUGGUUGAAAAAAUGCGAAGUCGAAUAUGUAGGGGUGUCAGCCUUCUAAGUUUAGCAAUGGUUUUUAUCCUGUUUUGCUUGCAAUCUCAUUAUUAUGAGGCAACAAAGACUAAUAUCAAAGCGAUCUGGAAAAGCAGGGCAGCCAACAUCCUGUCAAUGUCCAAUGGGUCUGUCGCAAUGAAUUCUGGAUCUCAUAUUGAAAUUUAUCCAUAUCCGAAACCUGAAGAUGUUAAAAAUGUGAAGACAGAAGAUAUGGCCUUAAAAACAACAACAAUGUCUACAACAACCACAACAACAACAGCAACAACAACAACAACAACAACCAAUACUGCCCCACCAACUCAGCAAAGUACUACACAAGAUCCAAGCUUGAAAAAACCUAUUAUUCUGGAUUGGGUGUCCACAUAUCACAAGCGAAACUGGCAUCUUCCUGCAACGAAGGCUUGUGGAGGUGGAUGUGAACUAACAACUGACCAUAACAGGUUGGAUGAAAGUGACGCCGUCAUAUUUUACAUGAAAGGAACUGAUGCUAAAAAUAAACCAGAUCCAACUAAAAGAAAGCCCCACCAAGUGUUUGCAUGGUGGUGCCAUGAGAGUCCGUCUACUGUAAGACAUUACUGGCACAAGGCUUUAACUGAACACAACAAUUUCUUCAACGUCACGAUGCAUUUUCGUUCCGAUUCUGACAUAAUUUCUGCCAUGAUUCCGCACACAGCACUGGACUGGUAUCUCCACAGAGUAGGAAGAGGCAAAGAUUCAUUUGUUGCUGAACUUCCAAGAGUUACAGAUGACGCACAAUUUGAAAACAUGUUUCAAGAACUUUUAAAGGUGAAAAAGCUUGGAUCUGCUUGGGUUGCCAGCGACUGUGCUAUUGUAAAACAUGCUAGAGAACGACAUGAGUUCGUUAAGAGGAUCAAAAAUGAAGGAAAAUACCCAGUGGAGAUGUAUGGGAAGUGUGGCGACAAGGAACUGCCACUCAGCAACACUAAGUUCUUUGAUUUUCUGCGAACUUUUAAGUUUUACUUUGCUUUUGAAAACACUCUUGAUUGUAAAGACUACCUCACUGAAAAAUUCUGGUAUAACGGUUUAUACGCUGGACUUGUACCUGUUGUAUGGGGCACCAGUAAAGAAACUGCAGAGCGAAUAGCUCCACCUGGCUCCUACAUACAUGCAGCAGAUUUUGGAAAUGAUCCUGUAAGGUUGGCUGACCAUUUGAGGAUGCUCGAAAGCAAUGACACUGCUUAUAAGGAGUAUUUUCAGUGGUGGAAGCAGCCAGGUUUUUACCCUGUUUACAAAAUUAGGGAACCCGAAAAUCCUGAAGAUCUUGUACAGGAUGACAUGUUUGAUUACGAAGUAAAUGGUUAUUGCCAUAUGUGCAAACUCAUUCGUCAAGGCUGGAAUAAAAACCACAGUCAGACAGUUCCGAAUUUAAAUCAGAAUUUUUUUGGGCCAGAAUCCUCAACGUGUCUUGCAUAAGUUUUUCAUACUGUUUGAUCUGUAUGCGCUCAAAUUUUACUGUUUUGUUAUACAGUUUCUUCUAUAUAGUUUUUUUUGUAGGGGAGUGACUUCUGUAUAGAUAUAGAAAGUAUAUUAGCCCAUACUUUCUGUGUUAGAACGCCCCCUUUAAUUAUGCACUUUUACUUGUCUAGAUUAAUGAUUCAUUUUAGUCUAGCUUCUAUAUUUCUGAAUAUUCCUUUUUUUCUGAUCGUAAACCUACUGAUUAUAUACUAUAAAUUGAACCUAUUGUGCGGUCAAAUACUGGAAAAGCAUUUUUUUCCGAAUCUGAUCUUCUUGAUUUAUUUUAUACCUUUUACACUUUAAGCAUAACAGUUCAAACCAGGGAUCCUUAAACUAUUUAUGAAUACAGCAUUCUUCCGUAUUCUGAAUAAGUUUGCAUUGUAGAAUUUUUUUAAUUGUAUUUACCAGUUUAACUCAACAUAUGCCAAAACUUGGUAAAUAAAUUAUAUUGUUAAUUAGUUUGUGGCACACUCCGUCUGUUUCACAACACAACAAUUUUUGAACUAUACUGUGUGUUGUAUAAGAUUUUGCAUAUUGCUUAGUACUUCGUAUAUUCUGUAUGUUGCUUGUGUUCUAUAAUUUGCUUAAAGUUUAAUAUUUUGUUUGAAAUGUGGUUUGUUUUUGCGAGGUAAUGGAACACAAGUACUUUGUAUUACUUGUUGAAACAAAAAUUCUAGUAAAAUUUUUAUUCGACCAGUUGUCCAAAAUUGAA